AUGGGAUCGCAAACAGAGGGAGCGGAUGGCGCAAAGGCGCCCGACGUUGUUGCCAAUCUGGGCUUUGCGCCGGCCGUAAAGUUGUCGGGAGAAUGGUCCGUCAACAGAGUGCUCGAGGAGAUCCCCAGCGAGGCGCCUGCCGAAGGCUCCAGCUCUCCAAUUCCCUUUUUCCACAUGCUAUCUCGACUCAAGACUACAAAGCGCGAGGGCUGGAGGCGGUUUGGAAUCGAAAGGGGCGAGUCGAUUUCCGAUCACAUGUACCGCAUGUCUCUCAUCACCAUGUUUGCGCCUCCUGCGCUUGCCAAGAAGUUGGAUUUGCACAAGUGUAUGAAGAUGGCACUGGUUCACGACAUGGCUGAGCUAUUGGUUGGAGACAUUACACCCGUUGACGGCGUUCCCAAGACGGAGAAGAGCCGGCGCGAGGCGGAGACGAUGGACUUUUUAACCAAGAAUCUGCUGCGGAGCGUUGCUGGAGGCGACGUCGGGGCUGAGAUCCGGGCGGUGUGGCAGGAGUACGAAGACUCCAAGACACUGGACAGCCACUUUGUGCACGACGUGGACAAGAUCGAGCUGAUGCUGCAGAUGGUCGAGUACGAGAAGCAGGGCAAGGGACUCGCGGACCUGGGAGAGUUUGCCUAUGUCGCGACAAAGGUUACGCUGCCGGAGAUGAAGGAGUGGGCGGACGAGCUGCUCAAGGAGAGAGACGAGUUUUGGAAGAACAAGGAGCAUGUCCACGGCGAGAGGGGCAUGGAGGGGGGCGUGUCUGCGGAGACGAGGAGUGGCCAAGAUGAGUACUAUGAGCGAAAAUGA